AUGUCUUUGCGGAGACGCAACCAGGCUUCAAAUGCUCCCACAACGGCGGUAGCACGCGCGGGGACGAGACGAACUCCCAAUGGCUUCACCACCAUGAGACCAGCAAUCCUCCUCCUCGCCCGCCUCCUCCCCAUCGCCAGCGCCGCCCCUCUCACUUCUCUUCUCCCCAAACGCUCCCCCAUCCACGCCUUCGAAGACGACGUCGACAGCCCCAAAGAUGCCUCCGACCCCAACCUCUACCUCUACCUCGCCAUCGCCCUCAUCCUUGUGCUCCUUGGUGGCGUCUUCGCGGGCCUCACCAUCGCGUUGAUGGGCCAGGAUGAAACGUACCUGCAAGUCAUUGCCACGAGCGGGGAGGGCAGCGAGAGGAGAUAUGCGGAGAAGGUGCUGAAGUUGCUGAAGAGGGGGAAGCAUUGGGUGUUGGUGACGCUGCUGUUGAGUAAUGUCAUUACGAAUGAGACGUUGCCGAUUGUGUUGGAUCGGAGUUUGGGUGGGGGGUGGCCGGCUGUGUUGAGCAGUACAGUGUUGAUUGUCAUAUUCGGCGAGAUUGCUCCACAGUCAGUCUGUGUGCGCUACGGGCUCUCGAUCGGAGCGUUCAUGGCGCCUUUUGUGCUGGCUCUCAUGUGGAUCAUGUGCCCGGUCGCUUGGCCUACUGCGAAGCUGCUGGACUGGCUGCUUGGUGAAGACCACGGAACCAUGUACAAGAAGGCUGGGCUGAAGACUCUGGUCUCCCUUCACAAGUCACUCGGCACUACACCCGGCGAGCGUCUGCUUCAAGAUGAAGUGACCAUCAUCACUUCCGUGCUGGACCUCAAAGACAAGCCAGUUGGCGACAUCAUGACGCCCAUGGGCGACGUUUUCACCAUGAGUGCCGACACUGUACUGGACGAGAGCAUGAUGGACACUAUCCUCUCACAAGGCUAUUCACGCAUUCCAGUCUAUGCUCCCGACAACAGUCGCAAUUUCAUUGGCAUGCUCUUGGUCAAGAUCCUGAUCACGUAUGAUCCUGAGGAUGCAAAGAGAGUUCGUGACUUCAGCCUUGCUACGCUACCGGAAACUGCGCCUUACACGAGCUGCCUAGACAUCAUCAACUUCUUCCAGGAAGGCAAGAGCCAUAUGGUGCUGGUCUCGGACUUCCCGGGUGAUGACAAGGGAGCACUGGGUGUUGUGACAUUGGAGGACGUAAUCGAGGAGCUCAUUGGUGAAGAGAUCAUUGACGAAAGUGACGUGUUCAUCGAUGUGCACAAGGCUAUCCGUCGCAUGGCUCCGGCACCACGGCAGCGCUUCCUCAAAAAUGUGCCCACGGAUCAAGCAGUGGUUCGCAGCAUUCGUGACGAGAGCAAAGACCACGACAGCGGCGACGAGAACGAGCCACUUCUUCGCAAGGAGACUCCUACAUCACGAAAGCCAAGUCUGACGACUACCGGAUCUACUACAUUCCUCAUGCGGAGGAAGAGCAGCAACGCUUCCGACCACACCAAGGACGCCCCGCCCGCAAGAGCCGUGCCUGUGCGAUCCACCACAAGCGACAUGCGCGAGCACCUCCGCCACCUCGGACCUUCCAACGCCGCCAACAAGCCCAGAACUACGAAGUUUAGCAGCGUCAAGAUCAAGCCAGCUGUUGGCACGAUCCCGGAGAACCAGCAAACGACUAAGGGUCUUGAUGGCUCAGGGACAGCCGACGGUACCGAGCAGAGCAACGGGACUGGCCACCCGCUCCAGCGCAGCAUGAGCGUGGACGGUGCUGCCAAUGCUGGCGCAGGCGACGAGAACGGCGUACUCCGCUCCGCCGGCAAAGACGCAUCGGACGGCACAGCCGCCCUGCCCAAAACCUACGGCACCAUGUCCGACGGCCCCGAAUCGCCCGCGCGAAAACGCGCCCUCAGCACCGACCGCAUGUCCGCCCACGAAGCCAGCCAAGUCGCCGAGCAGAAAGCGCAGUCCCCCCAACCAAAACCCAAGCCCCAGCCAGAAGAACGCACGAACCAGCACCUCAAAGUCCCGCAAAAGGAAGUCGUUGGCGACUCCACCUCUGCGGACGAAGCGCAGGAUUUGCUCGGAGAUUUUGGCCCCCCGAGCCGGGAGAAGAGUUCGAGACGGCAGGCGCGGAGUGGGAGCAUCACGGAGACGACGGUGGAUAUUGGUGGGAUGAAGAAGGUGGUGCUGGAGACUACUAGUAGUAGUAGUGAUGAGGAGAAAGGGAACGGUGGUGGGGAGGGAGAGGGGAAGAAAGGGGAGGAAGAGGAGGAAGAGGUGCAGCAGGAGGAGGCGGCGAAGGGGAGUGGGAAGAAAAAGAAGAGCAAGAAGGGGAAGAAGGGGAAGAAGGGGGGUGGGAGUAGUAAGGAUAGUUGA